ACAGUAAGUAUAAAAAGAUGCUGCAGAACUUUCUGAGAAAAAAGAAGACACAACACUGUCCAGAAAAGGAAAAGAAUCAGAAUCAUCCACAACCAUGCUCAAGUUGCAGCCAUACGAUUCCUGCCUGUAAAAACCCAGAAAGGCUGUAUGAAGAAAAUCUACAACUGAAGAAGCUCAUCACCAGUUUGAAUAUGCAGCUAGAUACCCUGAAAGCAAAAAGUCAACAACAAGGAGAGGUGCUGAAAAAAAAAGAUGAAGAGAUGGAACAGCUUUUGGCCCAGCAUGAGGUACAGCUCCCAAAUUCUAAUGCGGUCACAAGUCAGCAGAGCAAGAUAUUGACUCUGGAACAGCUCUACAAAAACACACACGAAGCAUUCGAGAAGUUACAGACAGAUGCAAAGAUUUCCACUGAACAGCUGAAAAAGGCCUUAGAAAAAUUUCAAGGAGAGAAUCAGAAGCUUCAAAGUUACAAGAGCAAAGCCACAAAGAGAAGAACGCUCAUAAAACGUGUAUUGCAGACUAAAAGAAAAUGCAUGCUGAACACUAGAAUUUUACAGCUCAGUAAAUCAAAUAAGAAGUUGAAGGAGGAGCUCAACUUUCUCAAAUCAGGCCUGAAUCAAGUCCAGUGCAAUUCCCCUGCUUCAGACUCUACCAAAUACUAUGCAGGCUGGAGUAGAGAAUGGCUAAUUUUGAGAAUUAGCGAGCUGGAAAAGAACCAAUAUGGUCAAAUGCUCACAGGAUCUUCUAAAGACAGGAAGAUGGAACUACUUGAAGAAUGUCAAAAUGUGCUGAACAGUACAAUAUUACAAUUCAAUAUUCUACAUAAGCAGAUGGAGAAGGAGGUCAGAGUCCACAAGGCAGAAUUAAACCAAGCCCAGAACAGCUCCUCCUCAUCAUGCAGUGCCAAUGAAUAUGAAAUCCAGAGACAGGAACAACUAACCAAAGAAAUGGAGAAGAAAGCAGGGAAGGAACUACAAAAGAACGGGAGACGCUCAGACUCGAAAGAAGAUUGUAGGCAUCUCAAAGGAGAUGACGAUCGAACUGAACUGCAAAUGCAACUCGACAAAGAAGAUGUUUCCUCAUGCAUUCCAGGAAGACAAAACUCUGCUAUCAAAAGACUGACCUUAUCCAGCAUAAAAGGGAGCAAGGAGAAAUUAAAAUUCAUCUCACUCAUAGAUCUGACACGUUCCACAAUGGUGUUCUUUUUCCUCAUCCUUCUUUAUAUCAUUUUCACAAAUGCACACCUUUCUGUCAAUCAGAAACAUGAUUCUCUUAAAUUUGUAAAGUAAAACAUAACAGUACGCAGGGGGUAAAGACUCUGCCCUGGAAUUAAGAGGGAGGACUAGUUGUGAAUUCCUGCUAUUUACAUUUUAUACAUCUUUUUUUAAUAUUUAAAUGAAUUAUUCCAUGUACAAAUCAGUAGAAAAGUCUGUAUCAAUUAACUAAAGGUGUUUUGUAUUAAAAGCAGUUCACCAGAAUAAAAUAACUGAAAAUUGUUUUGCUCCUCAUGUUUUGAAGACAGAUUAUAGAAUAUAGCAAUAACCCAUGCCUGGGUGUGGGUAAUGCUGGAUUUACCCACGGUUGGUGUGGUUUGGU